AUUCUGCCAAUCGAAUAUGAGUCUUUCCUGAAAAGCUACUACAUGAUCUCUCGGUUGGGUUUCGGCAGUUUUGGAUGUGCCAUUUUGGCAAAGUACCGGAAAAGCAUCUCGGACUUAUUGGCUCCUCAGCCACACAAGCUCGGCACUCUCUUGGAACCCUUAAAGUAUGCGUCUUCCACAAAGCCACACGCGGAUGGACUCGUGGCUAUCAAGGUGAUGAAGAAUCAAUUGAAGAAGCCGAGCGACUAUUUGAAUGUCAAUGAAAUCAAAUUCAUUCUCUCGGUGCCGUCUCACUCGAACUUGCUUCAGAUUUUCGACCUUUUUAUCGACUCCGCUAGCGGGAAACUCAACAUUGUCAUGGAGCCAAUGGAUCAAAACUUAUAUCAGUUCAUACAAAAGCACGAAGGUCGCGCCAUCGCCCCUUGGGUGAUCAAAAGCAUGCUUGCCCAACUAUUGGGCGCAAUCAAACACAUCCAUUCCCACGGCUUUUUUCAUAGAGACGUGAAGCCUGAGAAUAUUUUGGUAUCUUCCGCGAAGCACUACUACUACAAGAAUAUCCCUCCCGGAAAGGAGAACGAUAUUUAUGUCUUGAAGCUAUGUGAUUACGGUCUUUCGAGACACGUCACAAACACAAAGGAUCUCACCCAGUAUGUCUCGACUAGAUGGUAUCGCGCACCAGAAAUCCUCUUGCGCCGGCGAAGCUAUUCCCGACCCAUUGAUAUUUGGGCAUUUGGCUCUGUGGCUGUUGAGUUGGUCAAUUGCCGUCCGCUUUUCGCCGGUCUCAAUGAAACUGACCAAAUCUGGCAAAUAUUGACCAAAUUGGGGCAUCCACUAUUCCAAGGUCGAUGCUCGGAAGACUUGGGAGGGGUCUGGCCUGAAGCUGUGCAAUUGGCCGAUAAGUUGGGUUUCAUCAUCCCUUACAUUGCUGGUCAGACAAUCCAAAGCAUAUUAAGAACAGACUUCCAAGACUUGGCGGAGGCAAUCCAGGCAUGCUUUCUGUGGGAUCCUGAGGCAAGACCAACUGCGGAUACAUUGAGUCGGCAUGCCUAUUUUCGA